GCAAAUAACGACGAGAUGACGCUCACCUAUGAUAUCGAAGCGUAAAGAGCAAGUGGUUGCAAAAAAAGGAUAAACAGGCAAUCACGUGAGAGAAGCGCGUAACAGAUGAACUCGUAUGAUAGAGAAGCAUAACGGUCCAAAGAUGUAGCUCCAAAUAUUACAUGUUGGAUUUGAAUUUUGGAAGAGAUUGUGUGCCGAACAUGGAAUUAGCCCAGAAGGAAUUUUGGAAGAUUAUGCUGUAGAUGGAACAGACAGAAAGGAUGUUUUUUUUUACCAAUCAGAUGAUGAACAUUAUAUACCUCGUGCUGUAUUAUUAGAUUUGGAACCUAGAGUAAUUCACACUAUUAUGAAUUCUCCAUAUUCAAAGCUAUAUAAUCCUGAAAAUAUCUAUUUAUCAAAACAUGGUGGUGGUGCUGGAAAUAACUGGGCAUCAGGAUACCAUCAGGGUGAAAAAUUACAAGAAGAAAUCUUUGAUAUAUUGGAUAGAGAAGCUGAUGGUAGUGACAGUUUAGAAGGUUUUGUUUUGUGCCAUUCGAUAGCAGGAGGUACAGGUUCUGGUAUGGGUUCUUUCAUGUUAGAAUCUCUUGCUGAUAGAUUUCCUAAAAAAUUAAUUGAGACAUACAGUGUUUUUCCAAAUCAAGAUGAAAUAAGCGAUGUCGUAGUACAGCCAUAUAAUUCACUGUUAACAUUAAAAAGGCUGACUCAAUGCGCAGAUUGUGUGGUGGUUUUAGAUAAUACUGCUUUGAAUAGAAUUGCCUCAGAUAGAUUACAUAUUCAGAAUCCUAGCUUUACACAAAUUAAUAAACUUGUUUCAACAAUAAUGUCCGUCAGUACAACCACCUUGAGAUAUCCUUCAUAUAUGAAUAAUGAUUUGGUUGGUUUGAUUGCACCACUCAUACCAACUCCUCGCUUACACUUCUUAAUGACUGGAUAUACUCCACUUACAACCGAUCAAGAGGGCGCAUCUGUAAGGAAAACAUCUGUUUUGGACGUAAUGCGACGAUUGUUGCAACCAAAAAAUAUGAUGGUUUCUACAGCAUUAGAUAGAAAUGCAUCUCAUUGUUAUAUAUCUAUCUUAAACAUAAUUCAGGGUGAAAUAGAUCCGACACAAGUGCAUAAAUCUUUGCAAAGGAUUAGAGAACGAAAACUUGCACAAUUUAUUCCUUGGGGUCCAGCUAGUAUACAAGUAGCUCUUUCAAGAAAAUCUCCUUAUAUACAAAGUACACAUCGCGUUUCUGGCCUGAUGUUAGCCAAUCACACUAAUAUAUCAUCACUUUUUGACAGAGCUUUACAACAAUAUGACAAACUGCGUAAGCGAGAAGCGUUUCUAGAACAAUUUCGCAAAGAAAAAAUGUUUGAAGACAAUCUUGAUGAAUUAGAUAAUUCGCGAGAAAUUGUAGAAUAUUUGGUGAAAGAAUAUCAAGCUGCAACUCGACUGGAUUAUCUUAGUUGGAAUCCAAGCAAGACAGAUGCAUAAAAUAUUCAAUAUAUAACAAACAUAAAUAACAAAUGUAUGAGU